AUGGACCAAGUUAAACUUGCAAGCACACCUUUGGGUCAGCAUUGCAAGUUGUCCACCAGUCAGACCCCAGAAUCAGAAUUAGAAAUAGAAUUUAUGCAACAAAUUCCCUAUGCUAACAUGGUGGGAAGUGUGAUGUAUGCAAUGGUCUGUACAAGACCAGAUCUUACAUAUGCUAUCAGUGUUGUUAGUAGGUUUAUGAGUAAUCCUGGUAAGGCACACUGGCAAGCAACUAAAUGGUUAUUAAGGUAUAUUUCUGGAACUACUAAUCUGGGCCUGAAAUAUGGAUCAAAUGUUAAAAAGGGUUGUGAGUUAGAGGGUUUUGUAGAUGCUGAUUAUGCUGGUAAUGUGGAUACCAGGAAAUCCUUAACAGGAUAUGUUUUUACUGCAUAUGGGGGGGCCAUUAGUUGGAAAUCAAACUUGCAAUCUGUUGUGGCCUUGUCAACCACUGAGGCUGAGUACAUAGCUUUGACUGAGGCUAUAAAGGAAGCCAUGUGGCUAAAUGGUAUAUCACAUGAAUUAGGUAUAUUUAAAGGAAAUAUUACUGUACAUUGUGAUAACUAG